GCUGCAGCUGCUUACCUAGAGAGAGAAACACCCAAUCUUUUAGAGAGAGAGAGAGAGAGAGGGACGCCAUUCACGAGCGAUUCACCGACCCCCGCGACACUCCCCCGCGAUCCGUCACCAAGAAAUCCCACUUUAAACUUAAAAAAGAAGGGAGAACGACAGCCAGCGAGCAGCUCCUCCCUCCCUCACGGGUCGAUCGAUCUUCCCUCCGCCUUUUCCAGCACCCCCUGAUCGAGCCACGUCACCCCCACGGGCCCCCCAACCGCCCCUCCCCCCUCCAGCCUCGAUCCCCGAUUCCGCCUUUUUUCUCCCUCUCGCAUGGGGUGGCGUCGCUGGGAAGUGAGCUCGAUCAUGCGGAAGAAGCUCAGCGACUGACUGACUGACUGAUCGAGGAGUCCGCGUAGGGUUUUUUGCGGAGGUUUUCCCGGGAGGCUUUUUCUCGGGCGUUCGGGUUCGGGGAGGGGGAUUGCUUUUCUUUUGGCUUUCCGGCUAUGGAUCGGGCGGCGAUCACCGUUGGGCCCGGGAUGGACUUGCCGAUCAUGCACGACAACGAUCGGUACGAGCUGGUGCGCGACAUCGGAUCGGGGAAUUUCGGCGUCGCGCGGCUGAUGCGGGACCGGCAGACCAAUGAGCUCGUUGCUGUCAAGUACAUCGAGAGAGGGGACAAGAUCGACGAAAAUGUGCAAAGGGAAAUCAUUAAUCACAGGUCACUAAUACACCCCAACAUCAUACGAUUUAGAGAGGUCAUAUUAACACCAACUCAUCUAGCUAUUGUCAUGGAAUAUGCAGCUGGUGGUGAGCUCUUCGAGAGGAUUUGUAAUGCUGGCAGAUUCAGUGAAGAUGAGGCUCGGUUCUUUUUUCAACAGCUUAUAUCAGGAGUUAGCUAUUGCCAUACUAUGCAAAUAUGCCAUCGUGAUUUGAAACUGGAGAACACAUUGCUGGAUGGCAGUCCAGCUCCUCGUCUUAAGAUCUGUGAUUUCGGCUACUCUAAGUCGUCCUUGCUGCAUUCCCAACCGAAAUCAACUGUUGGGACCCCUGCAUAUAUUGCUCCUGAAGUUUUACUCAAGAAAGAAUACGAUGGCAAGGUUGCAGAUGUGUGGUCUUGUGGUGUGACCUUAUAUGUGAUGUUGGUGGGUGCUUAUCCUUUCGAGGACCCUGAGGAUCCCAAGAACUUCCGGCGAACCAUACAAAGAAUUUUGAAUGUCCAGUACUCCAUUCCUGACUAUGUUCAUAUCUCUCCCGAGUGCCACCAUCUGAUUUCAAGGAUUUUUGUGGCUGACCCCACAAAGAGGAUUACAAUUCCUGAGAUACGGAAUCAUGAGUGGUUUCUGAAAAAUCUUCCAGUGGAUCUCAUGGAUGAGAAUACAAAGAACAAUCAAUUUCAGGAGCCAGAUCAGCCUAUGCAGAGCAUGGAGGAAAUCAUGCGGAUCAUUUCUGAGGCCACCAUACCUGCCGCUGGUACCAACAACCUCAACCAGUAUCUGACCGGUAGCCUUGACAUUGAUGAUGACAUGGAUGAAGACCUGGAAUCAGAUCCAGAACUUGACAUAGACAGCAGUGGCGAAGUAAUCUAUGCAAUGUAGUUGUGACAGUAAACUUUCAUAAGAUGAUGGGGGUAAUUGUAUAUCUUUCUGCAAAUCAGAAGUCAGGUGGAUGAUGCUUCUUUGUGGUGUUCAUGAUGGUGAACUCUUGUGCUGUAUGUUGUUUCAUUUUGUCACAGAUGCAUCUUUAAACUUAUAAAUCUUGUAUAAUCUGAUUUGGACCCCCUUGUUAUAUCUACUGCUUUUGAGGGAAUGCAAUUUGCUA